AGAAUUAUAGAAAUCGGAUCCGUAAUGGUGUGUCACGAUGAUCGUAAUUUCGUUAUUUUUUAGAUAAUACCUCAAAUUGACUGAAUAUCAGUGAAAAAUGACACUGUAUCAUUUUGGAAAUUGUUUGGCAUUGGUAUACGUGCCAUAUUACCUGACUUAUAAAUAUUCUGGCCUAUCAGAAUACGGUGCAUUUUGGAAAUGUAUUCAAGCCGGUGGUAUUUAUAUUUUCACGCAACUCGUAAAAAUGCUGGCUCUUGCCACAUUUUUUCCAACUGCUGACAAUAUGGGAGAAGAGGGUUUUGAUGUCUUUGGUGAAUUCUUAAAAUCAUCCAUUGAUCUAGCAGACUUGGUUGGAAUUCUCUUAGUUCUAAACAGUAUACCUGGUAAGGGCCAUGCCAAAGUAUUAACUGCUGGUAUAGGAUGGGCAGGAGCAGAAGUUCUGCUUACAAGAUUCUUGUUGCUUUGGGUUGGAGCUCGUGGUGCUGAAUUUGAUUGGAAAUACAUUCAAAAAAGUCUUGAGUCAAAUAUUAACUUGGUACAACACAUAACAACUGCAACAUUGGUUUGGUUAUGGUCUAGACAUGAUUUACAACGUGGUUUAGUUCCUAUAGUAAUCAGUAUGCUUGUACUUACAGUGUACAGACCUCUCAUGUUAGAUUUUCUUUCAUCUAUUUUAUUAGCUGGUCCAUGGUCAACACUUAUUAUUAAGGCCAUUACUACCUUUUUUAUAGGUGCAACAACGUUGCAUAUUUAUGCAGGUCUGGCGCAUUCAAUUGGAAUAUUCUAAAUAACAUAAGAAUUUAUACAUUACAGAAUUUAUUCAAUGAUAUACAGUUGUAUUAAAUAAUGCUUUCUAUUUUCUAAUAAUAUAAAUGUACAUUACAUAAUAAAUGCGUUAUGUAUUUA